AUGCGCGGCCGCAUCGCCGCUUGUUUCUACGCAACCGAAGAUGCUAAACACCCCAAAAUACUCCCCCGUAACCACCACACCACCAAGUUAAUCGUUGCACACUACCACCAAAAAUACCACCAUCAGAAUCACGAGACCGUGAUAAAUGAGAUACGACAAAAAUACAGCAUACCGAAGCUACGCAUGACCUACACAAAAGUGCGAAGUGACUGCCAACGCUGUAAGAAUGACCGAGUGAUCCCGCGCCCACCAAUCAUGGCUGACCUGCCUGCUGCACGACUUGCAGCUUUCGAACGCCCAUUCACCCACGUUGGCGUUGAUUACUUCGGUCCGUACGAGGUUGUCAUAGGCCGACGAGUCGAGAAACGCUGGGGAAUGCUCGCUACCUGCCUCACAAUUCGCGCAAUUCACAUCGAGGUCGUUCACUCCCUCAACACGGAUUCUUGCAUCAUGGCGAUGCGAAACUUCAUUUCCCGCCGAGGAAAACCACGGGCGAUCUACAACGAUCGAGGUACCAAUUUCAUUGGUGCAAAGCGGGAGAUGACGGAAGCUGAAGAAUCAGUCAACCAAAAUGAACUGAUGAGGGAGUUCGUGGAUGCUGGAACAACCUGGGAGUUCCUGCCUCCCUCUUCUCCACACAUGGGCGGUAGCUGGGAGCGCUUGAUCGGUUCCGUCAAAAAGAACCUAAUGACGAUCCUACCAGCACGGAAGCUGUCGGACGAGGUCUUACGGAACCUGCUGACUGAAAUCGAGAACACGGUGAAUUCCCGCCCACUGACGCACGUUCCUGUCGAUGACGAUUCAGCUCCAGCCUUGACGCCCAACCACUUCCUUCUGGGCUCUUCCAAUGGAGUCAAGCCGCUCAGCACCCUUGAUGACAGCGGAGUAGUGGCACGACGAAGUUGGCGAUUGUCCCAAGCCCAAACUAACCGGUUUUGGAAGCGUUGGGUAAGCGACUACUUGCCCGAGAUAACCCGGCGUACCAAGUGGUUCGUACAAACGAAGCCGAUUGAGGUCAACGACGUUGUGGUGAUAGCGGACCCGAAGAUGCCACGGAACUGCUGGCCGAAAGGCAAAAUAAUCUGCACUCAACCUGGACGAGACGGCCAACCCAGAUCAGCAAUGGUGAGGACAUCGACCGGGAUCUACGAGCGUCCGGUUGCCAAACUAGCUGUUCUAGACGUGCGACGCGAAGCGGAGUAA